AUGUCCGGAGGUAUCUGGACACUUCUUGAAGUUGCCUUUGUUGUUGCUGGUAGUGGCGGUGAUGUUGUUGUCUCUUUAGUAGUGCUUUUAGUGGCGGUUAUCGUCGUACGCUGUGUUAUUGCUAUCGGUAUUUCAGUUGUUUGCGUAGGGGUCUUCGUAGUCGUGAUCGCUUCUGGCAUUGUAGUGGUGGUUCUGGUUGUUAUCGGAGUUUGCGAUAGGGUGGUGGUAGCCGCGGGCUUUGUGUCAACAGAUGUGGCUGUUGCAGGCGUUGUGGAAGUGAAUGUUGUCGCCACCGGCAUUGUGGUUUCUGUGGCUGUGGUCGUCGCCUGCGCAGUGGUGGUUGUAGUGGUUGUCGGCUCUGUAGUACUCGUUGUGAUCGUCGUUGUCGUUGUGGUGGUGCUUGUAGUCGUCGUCAGCGCAGUGGUGGUUGUCGUGGUUGUCGGCUUUGUGGUAGUGGUUGUGACCGUCGUCGACGUUGUUGUGGUUCUGGUUGUCGCCGCUUUCGUUGUACUCGGGGUAUUAGUCGUUGGUAUUGUGGUUGGAGAUGUCGGCGUUGACAUAAUGAUUGUAGUGCUGCCUGUCAUGAUAGUCGACGUUGCAGUUGUCGGGCUUGCGAUCGUUCUCUGA